UUCCCACAAUGCACCGCGAGGUCUGCAGUAUAAUUAUUCACAAAGAAAGAAGGGCUGAGGAGGAACAGCAACAACAACAACAGGGUGGAAGCAGAAGCACAUAGCCUGGCUAAACCUCUUACCUUACGGGAUCCCGUAUGCUGGCAACAAGUAUCACGUCAUGGCCCUGAGGAGCUGAGAGUGGGAAGAGCCAUUUCCACCUGAAGGGAGGUCACACAGCUUGAUCGUUGCUAGAGAGGAGUGGGGGGGGGCCCAGGCAGACCGUGGACGGGGAAGGGGCAGAGCUCAGCUGGAGCCAAUGCAGCAGCAGCAUCGACAGCCUGAGCUGGUGGAAGGAAGCCUUCCCGUGUUCGUGUUCCCCACUGAGCUCGUCUUCUAUGCAGACGAGCAGACGUCUCACAAGCAGGUGCUCACCCUCUACAAUCCCUAUGAGUUCGCCCUCAAGUUUAAAGUGCUGUGCACAGCGCCUAACAAAUACACCGUGGUGGAUGCCACAGGAGCCGUCAAGCCUCAGUGUUGCGUUGACAUAGUAAUCCGACACAGAGAUGUGCGGGCAUGCCAUUACGGGGUGUACGACAAGUUCCGACUGCAGGUGUCGGAGCAGAGUCAGAGGAAAGCUCUCGGCCGCAAAGAGGUGACGGCCACGCUCCGUCCCUCGGCCUCGCAGGAGCCCCCCAGCCCCCGGCCCCAGGACGAGGACCGCAGAAUGAAAGAGCAUUUCGCAGACAACGAGUUCUUUGAACAGACGACCUUUCAGACAGCAGAGAGCCGUCCUGUUGCUGGAGGACCGAGUCUGCUGACAGUGCUGCUCGGGCUGGUGUGCAUGGCCGCCCUGAUGCUCCCAACGCUGGGGGAGCAAGAAUCUACUGUGCCUGUCUACCUCCACUUAAGUGUUAAUAAAAAACUUGUAGCUGCUUAUGUUCUCGGUCUUCUUACGAUGGUCAUCCUACGCACUUGAGGUGCCGAGAGCCGACAGGAGGAGGAACGAUGUCCUGCAAGAACAUUCUCACACCAGAGGCGCUACUACGCUUCAAUGAGUGGAGCUGACAGAAAGGAGUGGAGUGGGGGGGGGGGGGGGGGGUGGGGUCAAUGACCUCGCCCUCUGAAAAAUACAUUUUAGCAUUCUCGUUUUAAAGUCCACACGUUUGUGUUAAUGCAUACAUUGACACAAUGCCGAACUGAUGCAAACUCUGGGAGGGGGGGGGGGGGGGGGGGACACCUGCAGUGUGUUGGUCUAAAGAAUAGAAGUGUGAGCUGGGCCCCCCCCCCCCUCUCUCUUCUACAUCCGGAGCAGGGCCCUGAGACAUGAGGUGUCGUUUGGCCUCGCGCUCUGUGUAUUUCUAUUGCCAUCAUGUGACUGAAUAUGUCUAACUUGAGUGAGGAGGAGUCCACAUGCAAACGUGUAUAUAAAGCCAUUAAAGUUUGUUAUGGUAUUCACCUGUAACCGUCAUUAUAUUGAUGUUUUUUUGUUUUUGUUUUGUUUUUGUUUUUUUUUGGAGCAUUUUUAGCGUAGGCUGAGGACUAAAUGCAGUUGUUUGCAUGUGUGGAUACCUUUAUCUGAAUGGACUUUUCGUUUUCUAAGACGCUUUCCACCAAAGGAAAGAUCUUCCACUGAGGGAGAGUGGUCCGCUUGCCGUACUAUUAUCAGUGCUCCGUCAAAUGUUUAAUAAAGUCUCGAUACAGCUGUAUUGUA